AUGACCCCCUCGACAUGGACGAUCCUCGUUGGAUCGGUACUGCUCUACUUAGCCUUGCAAGGCUCAGUGUUUGAGCUAUUAUGGUUGAUACUUGCCAUUGUCGAUAGCUUCCGGGCGCUCCGGGUGAUCAGGCCAAAUGGACGGACCGUAGGCAAAGCUACGAGGCGCAAGGCGAUGACGGAGACUCUUGUCAGCUGGAUCGCAUAUGCUGCGAUCGAACAAGCCGAGCCAAUCAUCUCUCGGUUAUUCGGCUGGCUGCCGUUCUACGCCCCGCUCAAAGCGAUCGCGUGCCUAGCCUUCCUUUUCCUCCGUCAGCCUGCAUCUGGUGCUAUCUACACGUCUCUCCUCCGCCCCUUCUUUAGGCAGUACGAAAAGCCCAUCGACCUCAUCCUUCUCCUCCUUCACUCCCUAUCUGCCGUCAUCGUCCACUUCGGCGUCACUAUCCCUCUCAGCCUUGCUGCAGACGCUAUCAAGCGGAUCAGAUUGGCCGUCACGCGAACGAUGACCUCACCUUCGCAAACCCCGACCGGUAACAGGAUCGCUGUGCAGACAGAAACGGUCGUAAUCAGCGACGAGGACGAUGCGGACGAUAUUGUCCCAAUCGAAGCCAAUGUGUCUCUAUCGACCCCUCAUGUUCCCGGUCGGCUCCUCCGUUCGGCGCGAAAACCAGCUGCGAGCUCGCGCCAAAUCUCUCGCGCCGAAGUAGGGGAGAGCUCAACAUCAGGCCUGAUCUCUCCGUCCAAGUCAAUCAGGCCAUCUGACGGCUCUCCAGAGGCGAUGCAUCACCGGCAUCUGUCCCCUGGGCCCCGUAUCCAGGCGGCCGAGGGUAGCCGCCGGGUCAUGGAGCCAGAAACACCUCGGCGGUCAUCUCGCCGACGGGCCAGGUUUCUGCUUGAUGAGGGGGAGAGGCUGGACGAGAUUGCCGAGGGAGGACAGGAGGUACCAGAAGACGACGGCCCAACAUCUUCACGUCCGGCUUAUACGCCCUCGUCGUCCUCGCUACCCGCUGCAGCAGUCACGGCCCGCCCUGCCCAAACGUCAACAUCGGCGCCGCGAAGACCCGCCUCGCCUUCUGGCGAUGCGGAAGCUGGCCCGUCUAGGCUAUACCCGUCCCUACCCGUCUUCCCAUCCGUUCCGACUGCCCUGGCGUCGUCCUCGUCCAUGACGCUGUCCGGUACCGGCCUCGGACCCGUUCCGCACGGGGCAAAGGCGUCAAUCAAGCGUUUGGUAUCAUCCGGGUCCGGGAUCCUUUCCACCUCCACCGCGACGACAACCACGUCCGCCCGGCCCAUUCGCCGCGCCCCGCUCCGGGUCCGGCCAGACGAUCCUCUCCAUCCGACCGCCUCACUCGCCGCCGCACCAUCCAGGGCUCGCGCGACAGCUUCGUCCGGAUCCGGCGCGAGAGCAUCGGCCAGGAAUGUACAGGCGGCCUUCACGCGCCCAAGAGCGCUGGAUCGGACGUCAGCGUCGUCCGGAUCUUCAGGGGAUUCCGGGAACAGCAACUCUGCUCGGCUGCCCCAGGCCAAGAAGCGGAACGAGGAGAACCGCGCGGUAGGGUCAACGGAGGAGGAUGGCUCGAAGGAGGCAGGCGGGAGGGAGAUAAGCGGAGCGCACCGGCCCGACUGGAGAGCGGGGUGA